GGCACCACAGACCUAGUAUUGAUCGAAGCAUGGAACUCUAUAAGCUCAGAGAUGCUUUGAGAAACCGGUUGGGGUUGGUCUGGGUCUGUACUCUGUGAGAGAAAACAAGAAUCCAGAGCGCAGGAACGGGAAAAAAAUUGCAAAAAAUCAAGAUUUUGAGAUAACAAAAUGGAUUCUAAGUACACUGCCUUCGGCAGGGAAAAAGAGCAGAAAAGCUCGUAUGAUUUGAAAGUUAAAAGAUUAAAACUAAGCAUUGAAAAUAACGUAAAAAAUAAUACAGAAGCUGUGAAAAAUUCUCGUUAUAAUGGUGUUAGUCAAGACUCUUGCAAUGAAUAUAAUGAUAUUUUAUCCAACGAUGUUACCGAGACUGAAGAUUUGCAAGAAGCAAGAAAAACACUCCCUGUCUAUCAAGUUAGAACCAGACUCCUAGAGGAGAUAAGAAAACACAACACAAUGAUAUUGCUUGGUGAAACAGGAAGUGGAAAAACAACACAAAUCCCACAGAUAAUACAUGAACAUAGAAUAGAGGGUAAGGGGUGUAUAGCUGUGACACAGCCUCGUAGAGUUGCAGCAAUCACCCUGGCUUUACGUGUGGCAGCAGAGACAAAUAGUGAGAUAGGAUCAAUUGUAGGAUAUACAGUCAGAUUUGAAGAUGUGACAAGCCCACGGACAAAAAUCAAGUACCUGACAGAUGGUAUGCUACUGAGAGAAGCAAUGAAUGAUCCAUUGCUGAAGAAAUACUCUGUGAUAAUAUUAGAUGAAGCCCAUGAACGCACAGUAAAUACAGAUGUACUUUUUGGUAUUGUUAAACUGGCACAGAAAGAAAGGGACGAACAGAAAAUAAACAUAUUAAAGGUCAUCAUAAUGUCAGCAACAAUGGAUGUAGAUGCAUUUAGAAAGUAUUACAACAAUUGUCCAGUUAUAUAUUUGGAAGGACGGACAUAUCCUGUGACCAUCUACCAUUCAAAGACUAAACAUGAGGAUUACCAAUAUGCUGCUGUGUGCACUAUAUUCCAAUUACAUGCAACAACUCCAGCUAACCACGAUUUCCUUGUAUUCCUCACUGGCCAGGAAGAAAUAGAGACAGUUAUGAGCAAUAUAAAACAAAUAGCAAAAGAAGCUAAAGGCCCACAAAUCAGGGUAUGCCCCUUAUAUGCAGGGUUGCCAGCAGCAAAACAACUCCAGGUCUGGAAGAAGACUCCACCAGGAAUGAGGAAGAUUGUGUUGGCCACUAAUAUAGCGGAAGCGUCUGUCACUAUCCCACAGAUAAAAUGUGUCAUUGAUACUGGUGUUGUAAAAGAAAGGACAUGGUGCACAUCGACGGGCGCGGAGCGGCUGGUAGUGCGCGCGUGCUCGCAGGCGGCGGGCUGGCAGCGCGCGGGCCGCGCCGGCCGCACCGCCGCGGGCGCCGCUUACCGGCUCUACACCGCCGCCGACUUCGCCGCGAGGCAACACCAUAACACGCCUGAGAUCGUCAGAUGUCCCUUGACUUCCACAAUGCUAAUGUUAAUUGCCGCAGGAAUGGACCCCAGCACUUUUCCGUUAUUGGAUUCACCUCCUAGAGAUUCAAUACAAGCAGCUUUAGUUCUGUUGAAAGAAAUAGGUGCCGUAGAUAGUGAAAAUAAUCCAGAACUGACUGUACUUGGGAAGAAAAUGACCGCUUUUCCAAUAGACCCCAAAUAUUCCAAAGUUCUGUUAUGUGCCCCCGAAUACGACUGCUUAGAAGAGGCACUGAGUUUGGUCGCGGUAAUGUCCAGUGAAAAUGUGUUUCACACACCAUUACACAAGAGGGAAGAAGCUUUGAAAGUGAAACAAAAAUUUAUAUCGCCUCUCGGUGAUCAUAUCACGCUUCUGAACGUGUAUAAAGCGUUCUGUAAAGCCCCAUUAAAAAAGCAAUGGUGUCGAGAGAACUAUUUGAAUCACAAAAACUUGUCGUACGCAUAUGAGAUACGUCAUCAGUUGGUCGGCGUUUGUCAACGAUUGAGCAUGACUGUUACCAGCUGCGGAACUGCUAUAGAUCAGUUGUUAAAGUGUCUCCUAAGCGGACUUUAUACCAACUGCGCCUGGGCGCGAACGGGCGCGGGCGGCGGAGGCCGCUACGUCACAAGCGCCGGAGUGGCCGCCAUGUUGCAUCCGUCGGGAGUGUUGCAUUCCGUCCGACCCGCGCCACCAGCAGUACUGUACACGGAGUUGCUGCACACCAAGCGGUCGUACCUCGUUACCGUGUCCGCCAUACAGCCUCAGUGGCUGCACCAAGUCGCUCCAGAGUAUGCCCGCCGCUGCCGCGCCAAUCGGUGACAUCUGAAUGCUAGUUC